CUCGCCGUGGUUCCCAGGCUUCGGCCUCCGGCGGGCGAGGUUCCCGGGGCCUGCGGGGUUACACGCCGUCUGGCCGGGCCGGCACCCAGCGGGCGCGGGGCUGUGCGGGCUCAGGUCCGCGCGGGCCGGGCGGGGGCUCGAGCGGGGACCCCCGAGCGCGAGCCCCGGAGCCCGCGGGCUGGGCCGGAGGGGCCGGGCGGGCGGCGGCGGCGCAGGGCGCCGAGGCCAGGGCCCGGCCCGUCUGUGACUGCGGGACGGCGAGGCCCCGGGCGGCCAAUUCGGGCCCCGAGAGGGUCGUCGGUCCGAAGUGAGUUUGUCCCGUAGGCCCAGAACCGGCUCCCCGGGAACGGCGGCCCCGGGAGGCGGAGGAGGAGCAGCCUCCGUCCCGGAGCCUUCGGGAGCCUUGGGGCAGCUCGGCGGGUCCCGACGGGGUCUACUGUUAACAGUCUGUGUGUUUUUCCAAGAGCAGCAGAAAAUGGAUGAAUCCCAGGGGCCAGUGUCAUUCAAGGAUGUGGCCGUGGACUUCACCCAGGAGGAGUGGCAGCAGCUGGAGCCCGAUGAGAAGACCACGUACCGGGAUGUGAUGCUAGAGAACUACAGCCAUCUCGUCUCUGUGGGGUACGACAGUACCAAACCAAAAGUGAUCCUCAAAUUGGAGCAGGGAGAGGAGCCAUGGAUAGCCGAAGGUGAUCUGCCGUGUCAGAGUCAUCCCGAAAUAGUCUGGAAAGUUGAUGACCGGCUAGAGAGAAUCCCAGGAAAAGAAGAUGAACAUUCAAGGCAAGCUAUUUCUAUCAACAGCAAAACCCCGAUUGAAGAGAGAGAGAAUGCAUUUGAUAAAACAUGUAAUGUGGAAACAAGCCUUGUUCCUUCAAACAUAACAUCUCAUACUUGUGUCUCAUGUGGAAAGAAUUUAGAGUCUACUUCAGAGUUAAUUAUUAGUGAUGGAAGCUAUGCAAGAAAGAAACCUGAUGAGUGUAGUGAAUGUGGGAAGAUGUACCACAGAGGGAAACCCUAUGAAUGUAAUCAAAAUGGGGAAGGCUAUUCUCAGAAUGAAGAGAGCAUUCUUCAGAAAAUUAAUAUUUUGGAGAAACCCUUUGAAUAUAAUGAAUGCAUGGAAGCCUUAGACAAUGAAGCUGUUUUCCUUGCUCAUAAGAGAGCUUAUAUGGGGGAAAAGCCCUACGAGUGGAAUGACUCUGGGUCAGACUUCAUCCAGAUGUCAAAUUUUAAUGUAUACCAGAGGUCACAGAUGGAAUUGAAGCCCUUUGAAUGCAGUGAAUGUGGGAAAUCCUUCUGUAAAAAGUCAAAGUUAAUCAUACAUCAGAGGGCCCACACAGGAGAGAAACCUUAUGAAUGUAACGUAUGUGGGAAAUCCUUCAGCCAAAAGGGGACCCUCACCGUCCAUCGGAGAUCACACUUAGAGGAGAAGCCCUAUAAAUGUACCGAGUGUGGGAAAACUUUCUGUCAGAAGUUACAUCUCACCCAGCACCUGAGAACUCAUUCAGGUGAGAAGCCCUAUGAAUGUAAUGAGUGUGGGAAAACCUUCUGCCAAAAGACCCAUCUCACCCUACACCAGAGGAAUCAUUCAGGAGAGAGACCCUAUCCCUGUAACGAAUGUGGGAAAUCCUUCUCCCGCAAGUCUGCCCUCAGUGACCACCAGAGAACGCAUACAGGAGAGAAACUUUACAAAUGUAAUGAAUGUGGGAAGUCCUACUACCGAAAAUCUACCCUUAUUACACAUCAGAGGACCCACACGGGAGAGAAACCCUAUCAGUGCAGCGAGUGUGGGAAGUUCUUCUCUCGGGUGUCGUACCUCACUAUACAUUAUAGAAGUCACUUAGAAGAGAAACCCUAUGAAUGUAAUGAAUGUGGGAAAACCUUCAAUUUAAAUUCAGCCUUCAUUAGACAUCGGAAAGUACACACAGAUGAGAAGCCCCACGAAUGUAGUGAAUGCGGAAAGCUCUCUCAGUUCUCAUAUCUCACUGACCAUCCUACAGCUCCUUUAGGAGACAAACCCUAUGAAUGUAAUGAAUGUGGGAAAAUCUUCCUUGACAGUUCAGCCUUCAAUGGGCACCAAUCACUUCCAAAAGGGGAGAAAUCCUAUGAAUGUAACAUCUGUGGAAAAUUGUUCUCCGAGUUGUCAUACUACACUCUACAUUACAGAAGUCACUCGGAAGAGAAACCCUAUGGAUGCAGUGAAUGUGGGAAAACCUUCUCCCAUAAUUCAUCCCUCUUUAGACAUCAAAGAGUGCAUACAGGAGAGAAGCCCUAUGAGUGUUAUGAGUGUGGGAAGUUCUUCUCUCAGAAGUCCUAUCUCACCAUCCACCACCGGAUCCAUUCGGGAGAGAAGCCCUAUGAAUGUAGUAAAUGUGGGAAAGUCUUCUCUCGGAUGUCAAACCUCACUGUACACUAUAGAAGCCAUUCAGGAGAGAAGCCCUACGAAUGUAAUGAAUGUGGAAAAGUCUUUUCUCAGAAGUCAUACCUCACAGUACACUAUAGGACUCAUUCGGGAGAGAAACCCUACGAAUGUAACGAGUGUGGGAAAAAAUUCCACCACAGGUCAGCCUUCAAUAGCCAUCAGAGAAUUCACAGGAGAGGGAAUGUGAAUGUACUGGAUGUGGAGACGCUCCUGUGAAAUCAAAACGCUCUGAGUAUGACGAAAUCUAAUAGGGAGACAGAUGUCACUGAGAGCUCGUGUUUCUGAAUGGGGAAAACCAUUUAGGCAUUAGAUUCAUCUCCACCUGAUUUCUCACAGAGAAGGAUCCCUAGGAAUGCAAGAAACAGCAAAGCCUUCAGCGAGAUCCUACAACCCAUUGGGCACGAGAUGAUUUAUACAGGAGUGAAACUUGAUGAAUAUUUAAUAUUUAUUUUGGAAUUCAAAUUGUAUUUACAUAUCAGGGAAUCAUACCAAGGCGAGAUCUGUCAGAGUGAUGAAUGUGGGAAAACAUUGUCUUGGAAAUUGUUAUAC